AUGAUUCCGAAGUGUGCCGCGCCGCUGCUGCUACUGCUCGUCGGAUUGCAGCUGGUGGUGUCCCACCCGUAUGCGAAUAAUUACCCAUACAGCACGGCCGUUGUGUUGGAAUCGUCGGUAUCGAAGGGUGCCUCCAGUAAGGGAGCGGCCGAGGGGGGUAAAGAUUUGCGGAAUUUCAACAGUGAUCACUCGUUCGAUGCCGGCGAAAGCAUCAAUUCCGCGGCGGACGCCGCCCGUUAUCACACGCUGGAUAAUCAACUUAACAGCCACCGGAUAGCGGAUGCGGCACGGGGUGGCUCCAUGGACAAAGUCAAGCUCUCCACGGGAGAGAAUUACGAGGCGGAUAAAUCGCACAACCGGAAGUAUGUGAAGUCUGGAUUCACCAACUCCUACCACAAGGAUGAGAAUGGAAGCAAAAGCUCGUACUACGAGGACUCGGAUGACCGCGGAGGGAAGCAAGUGUUCGACAAUAGGCAGAACAUGAAAAACGAUUACAAUGAUCAUCUUUACAACAAAGAGCUGAAGAAUAACCAACUGCGGGAUUGGCAAGAUGAUCGUUUCGGGGGAGUCGAGCAGCGAGGAGUUCGUGACUUUCAUCGCCAAUCUGCAGCCGAUCGAGGAAAUCAGCACGAUUACCGGGACGGAUAUCGCGACGAUCGCGAUCAGCAUGUACGAGGUUACGGUCAUGAAGUGCACCCGAUGCCACAUCUUCCACCGGUGGUUCCACUGCGCAACAAUUAUGACGAUCUGUACCAGCGGCGUUCGUUCUACGAGCCACGACCAGCUUUCACCACCGGACAGUCGCGAAUCGUCGUUUACGAGGAUCCAAGAGAGUACAUCUAUGAUUAUCCGACGGAUGAUAGGGAUGGAUUUAUGCGUCGCUACGACGAAGGUUAUUCCGCCGAGCGCGCAAGGAUUGAUUUUAGACCGAGCCCUUUGGUGAAUUACGGAAGGUAUUGAAUAAUUGGCGCACAGAUAGGAAGCGAUAAUUUAUUUUCACGCCCUGGUGAUGGUAUCGCGAAUUAAAUAGUAGGUUAAUUUGCGCGGGUAAGAAUAUUUAUAUAGAGUGUAAGUCAACAUCAG